UCCCAUGGCUGCUUGUGCAUUGUAGUUACGAAGUAAAGAAACAAGAAGAAAAGGCCAUAGCUCUCUCUCUCUCUUCAAGCUGAUUUCCCUUCCCAGUUUCAGUAGACAUAGAUCAGUCCUUAUUUUUGCUCCAAUUCAUUUGAUUUUCCAAUCAUCUCUCUCCACGCCACCCAAUGCUCUGUUCAGUUCCCACCGGCGGCAAGUCCAGUUCAAACUGGCUGGACCGCCUCCGCUCCAACAAAGGAUUUCCUGUCACCGAAAACCUCGACCUGGAUCACUUCCUGACCAACCACCAGAAUUCCUUGUCCGAUUCUCCAGUUACCGACCUCUCCAAUUCCGUAAUAAAUCCCCACUUCGAGUCGACUCAAUCCGAUAAUAAACAACUCGCCGCUGAUAGGAGCCAAGCCGCGGAGACUUCAAGCGAGAGUACAGAUAGACAAUGGUUCGGUGUAAUGACCAAUGUUCUCUGCGAUCUUUUCAACAUGGGAGACCCCAAGGAGAAAAUUUCGAGAUUUUCGAGGAAAAAGAGUACCAGGAAACAAACAAACCCUAAAUUUUGCGACGUAUCGGCGCCAACUACUGCUAAUGCCAUUGAAUCUAUAGGAAAAGAGGAAUAUGUCCAGGCCACAACGGCCUCGUUGCAUUCUGAUAAUAAUUCGAAUGUUGGUAUAAAUGCGGAUUGUGGAGAUGACGAUGUGGAUGACGAGAAGGAGAAAGGCGGUGGAGGAGGUGGCGGAGCUAGUGAUAGAGAGCUAAAAGGGUACUCGAGAAGUGAAGUGACUGUUAUUGAUACGAGCUUUGAAGUGUGGAAGUUUGAUAAGUUAGUGUUUAGAAGGAAAAAUAUAUGGAAAGUUCGGGACAAGAAAGGGAAGUCAUGGACUUCUGGUAGCAAGAAGAGAAAGGGAAAUCAAUUGGAAUCCGGAAAUGGAAAUGUGGUUUUGAAGAAGAAAGCUAAGAUUUCCAACUUAGAGUUUGGCUCAUCAAAGGACUCCAAUGGAGAAGACUUUAUGUUACCUUCUAAUGAUAAACCGCAAGAUGGGAGAAGAGAAGAAAUUAGUAAAGAAACAUCAGAUGAUUAUUUCCAAGUUCCUAAAAAAAGAUCACCGAGGAAAACAAAAAAGAUUGGCUCAUCUGUUAUUCUUGUAAAAGCUAUACCGACAAGCAAGAAAUACGGGAAGAAUCUUCCCAAGGAUCAUCUCAAGGACACUCAAAGGCAGUGCAAGGCUUGAUAGAUCAUUUGUCCUAGAUUUCUAUAUUGAAGUCAUACUUUAAUCUACCAUUAUUGCGGAGCCAAAAUCUGAUUAUUUUAUUGUUUUUCAUGAAUUUCAAUGGUUUCAUUGCUGUUUUAAUGAAUUUUUUUUAUAAUGAUAACAAAUAUUCAAUUAACUAUUUUUAUUUCAAUAGGGAGUAGUUAACUGCAAUGUAGAAUACUUAAAUACACUAUUAUAAAGAAAUUGGGAACCAA